AUGUCGGGGCGAUGCUGUGUAAUUUUAUCCACGCUGCGCUCUGGGAGUUCACACGAGAGCGGUACCUUUCGCCUCCUCUGCUUUGCAUCAGUUGGUCGCAGCUCAGGCUAUUGUUGCAGGAAGCAGCUUUUAUUUCUAUGCUCCGUCGAUCAGCUAUUUCCCUCGCAGUCUCUGCCGAAAUUCAGCGGGUGUCGCCCUCUUCUCUGUCUCCCCCUCCCUCCUCCUGCCUUUCUGUCUCUCCUGCAUGCCGUCUGUCUAGCUAGAAACCCAAGGAGAAGGUUGAUGAUGGCAGCUCCAUCUAAUACAAACAGCUGGGACUCUUCGAUGGCCUUUGCUGUUGUCUAUUGAUUUAAGUAAACCUGAGACAGAUAAAAGGGGCAGUUCGGGGCCGAUAAAAUCUUGCCACUGCUUCGCGGCUCGAAACAGUGUGUGUUCUGCAACUUCGGAGUGCUGCUAGCAAGACGGCUUUAAUGGGACCCCUGGUGCCAUUUGCUCCAAGCCUCCAUCUCCCCGACAGACUAAGCGCUGCAGCCAUCAUGCCACAAUGGUUAUAAUUUGGAUCUUGUUCCUGACUUUGUUGCAGGAGCCGUGGGCCCCGGGGAAGGCCACCGGAGCCCUCCCGAGCCACCCCCGGCAGUGCCGGGAUGCGGGGGGCCGCGGCGGCGUCUACGAGCACCUCGGGGGAGCGCCCCGGCGAAGGAAGCUCUACUGUGCCACCAAGUACCACCUCCAAAUCCACCCCAGCGGCAGGAUCAACGGCACCCUGGAGAAAAACAGCAUCUACAGUAUUUUUGAAAUAACUGCUGUUGAUGUUGGAAUCGUUGCCAUCAAGGGGUUGUUCUCUGGCAGAUAUCUGGCCAUGAACAAAAGGGGCAGACUUUAUGCAUCAGAAUAUUAUAAUGCGGAGUGUGAGUUUGUGGAGAGAAUCCAUGAAUUGGGUUACAACACUUAUGCAUCCCGUCUCUACCAAACUGUACCUAACAGAGAAGGCACUAAGCGCAAAGCUGGUGCAGAGAGACUCUGGUAUGUCUCGAUCAAUGGGAAAGGACGACCUAGAAGGGGCUUUAAAACUCGCAGAACACAGAAGUCCUCUCUCUUUCUGCCCAGAGUAUUGGAUAACAAAGACCAUGAGAUGGUCCGACUGUUCCACACAAACGUGAAGUAUCGAGAGAGUCUCCUGAAGCCCCCAGACAGGAACCAGCGAAGAAGGAGAGGACACUGAUGGGGAUGGAGGAAUCCUCUAUGGGGGCUGGAAGUGACUGAGAGUCUUCAAAACACUACUAAAAACCUAACAGCUAUGAUUUUAUGA